CCUCCCUCCCCUCCCUUUUCAUCAUGGCUGCUGUGUCUACUCUCUCAAGUAACGCUCAGAUUGGACACUGACUCGAUUUCUACCUUUUCAGUGUCUCUUUAACUUUUGGUGUAUACAUCAACUGUCGCUUGGAUGCUAAUCCCGUUCUCCACCUUCCCCUGCUCUCAUUCAGUGGGAUAACCUUCACCAAUCACUCCCUCCACUGGGCCUUUUUUUAUCCCCAAAAACAACCAGCCAGCAACAACAGCUUCCAGUGCAAUGGUGUGACUCAGUGGUUCUCCCCUUGAUGAACAAUGUGUGAAAACUGCGCCGAGCUGGUGGAGGUUUUAAAUGAAAUAUCGGAUGCAGACGGCAGUGAAGGAGGCUUCCAGCUAAAGAAGGAACAUGCCCUGCGAGUGUUGGGCUACAUCAGCUCCUGGACACAGAGACAAUGCCUCUGCUGCUUCAAGGAGUACAAGCACCUGGAGGUGUUCAACCAGCUGGUGUACGCCCUCAUCAACCUGGUCAUCGCUCAGAUCAGCAGCCUGAGAGACCGCCUCUGCUGCGUCCAGGAUCAAACACAUAAAGGAGGCCUGUGUGGGGCGGAGGGGGGGUCUGAAUGGAGCGAGGCUGCACCCGGACCCCUCCCUCAGCCCUCCUCACCGGGUGAAGAUGAACCUGUGAACGUGGAGAGAGACUCUGCAGAAGAAGACGCCGAAACAUCUGACCAGAAUCAGAAUAAGAUCCAGGGUCAGGGGCCCAGCCAGCCGAGUGAAGCCCAGAUGGAAGCACUGGGGCCUGGGGAGAGUGGCAGUGGUGCUGGGGGAGCUGAUGGAGCUGAUGGAGGAGCUGGAGGAGCUGGAGGAGGAGGUGAAGAAGGAGCUGAUGGAGGAGCCGGAGGCAGCAGCAGCAGUGAUAUCCAGGAUCCAUUCAGCUCCUGGAGCACAGAGGAGAGGGAGAAACUGCUGCUGUGUGCCGCCAAGAUCUUCCAAAUCCAGUUCCCCCUCUACACCGCCUACAAACACAACACACACCCCACUAUAGAGGACAUAUCUGCUCAUGAAAGCAACAUCCUGGGCUCCUUCUGCGACAUGAACGACGUGGAGGUUCCUCUGCACCUGCUGCGAUACGUCUGUCUGUUCUGUGGGAAGCACGGCCUCUCGCUGAUGAAGGAGUGCUUUGAGUCGGGGACCCCGGAGAGUCUCCCCUUCCCCAUCGCACACGCCUUCAUCACCAUCGUCUCCAAUAUCCGAAUAUGGUUGCACAUUCCUGCGGUCAUGCAGCACAUCAUACCGUUCCGCACCUAUGUAAUACG